AGUUUUUCCAGUAUUCAAACACGAUGCUACGCUUUUUUAACGUACUGCUAAUAGCCAUUUUCUUUUCUAAAACUAGGGCAAAUGUAGUGGAAAUAUCUGAAGGAACAAUCCGCGGUCACGAAUUGAAAAGCGCAAAGGGUAACAGUUACUAUGGAUAUCAAGACAUCCCUUACGCGGCUCCCCCUACAGGCGAUAGGAGAUUUAAAGAUCCCGUAGAACCGGAAAAAUGGUCGGGCAUACGGGAUGCAACCAAAAACGAAAAAAUCUGCUUCCAAGUCGUGCCUACACUCGCAGGUCUCAACCAAACUGAGGAUUGUUUGUAUCUAAACGUUUAUACCCCUGUAAAAACCGUUCGAAACAACACCAGCCUGCUCCCGGUGCUACUUUGGAUACACGGAGGCGGGUUCUUUCUCCAAGCCGGCUCGCUCGGCUACUACAAUCCCAGAUACUUGAUGGAUUACGACGUCAUCUUCGUAACGCCGAACUACCGCUUGGGCGUGUUCGGUUUACUGGCCACCUCCGACGGAGUUAUACCCGGAAAUCGUUCUCUAAAAGACCUGCUGAUGGCCAUUCGAUGGGUGAACAAGAACAUCCAUCGAUUCGGAGGAGAUAAGAACCGGCUGACGGUGAUGGGCGCCAGUUCGGGCGCCAUCAGCGCGGGCUACCUGCAACUAAGCCCUUUGACUAAAGGUUUGGUGAGAGGGUAUAUAAUGGGAGGCGGCAGUCCAUUUGCAAUGAUGGGUUUCCAAAGCCAACCGGACCAUUACGCUUUCAAAUUGGCCAGGACGCUGGAUAAAAAUUUCCAAUCGAACGACACCAAAGACGUGCUGGAUCUGUUGAUGCGUGCGCGCGCUGAAGAUAUUUUAUACGCCCCUGUGCUCAACGAUUAUUACAACUUGACGUUGGCUGCGGGUCUCGUUUGGCAGCCUACUAUCGAGCCUAAAUCGUACGAAAACGCCUUCAUCAGCGAGCCUAUGGUGGAGGCUAUGACCAAAGGUCACUUCCAGCAGGUGCCCUUGUUGAUGGGUACCGUAGACGAGGAGGCGUUUAACCUACUGCCGACCUUGAGUUUCCUAAUGGAGGAAGCUACAAAAUACGAUACAGGUGUUAAGUCGCUGCUGCAUCCCGAUUUACACGUGCCUACUGAAUUGGCCGAAGAAGCCAACCAGUUAUACAAAUCGGUGUACACGAACGGAACGCUCAGAGAGAACAGCAGGCAGUUCAUGCAGUUAUUAGGAGAAGAUACAAUUUCCACGCCGACUAUUCAUUACGCUGUGCUGGCAUCGAAGUAUACACCCGUUUAUUUUUGGCAAUUUAGGUACAGAGGGCUGAUGGGAAGAGGUUAUCCGAUCGUUAAACGAGCGGGACACGCCGAGCAAAUACUCUACUUGUUUGGAGGCGUUAGUGGAAUGAGAGGGGAUUCACGUGAUUAUCCUGAAGAUGACCAGGUCACCGUGUCGCGUAUGUUGACGAUUUGGACCAAUUUCGCUAAAUAUGGAAAUCCUACGCCGAAACCGCUGGAAGGAAUCACCUGGCCUAAAUUCAAAGAAGAUUCUAUGGAGUUUGUGGAUAUCAACGACAAUCUAACGAUUAAAAAUAACCCGAAGAAGUACCGAGAUGUUAGGAAGGUUAUAGAAAAAUAUUCUCGACCGCCAUACUACGUAUUCUAAUUUUUAUGCAGAUUGUUUAUUAUUCAAUGAUUCUUGGUAAUUUUACGUUCUUUACAGUUUGAAAUUUACAUGUUUUUAAUAAAAAAACAUGUACAUUUUUUGGAAUAAAGCAAUAAAUUCUUAUC